CACACAAUGACUCAGUCGAAUGAGGAUCGAAACUACGGAAAUGCCAUUGAAUUGUUUAGGUCUCGAAAGCUAUUUAUUUGGCAAGCAAUGCGGGCUCUUCGAGCACAAAAACAAGAAUUGCUUAGACAUAUCUAAUUAGCAUACUUCUGAACACAGAGAAUAUAAUUCCACGCCAUACAGCAGACAAGUCGCAAUAAGGUUGAGGUAAGUCGUACAACUUCGAUAGACGCGUAACAGCAACUUAAUGAGUGUUGAAUGAGUGAGUGACGAAAACGUUGUCUGCAAGUAUCGAUAAUCUUUGCAGACCAAUAUAUCACGAGGAGGCCUGUUUCUUGACCGUUCUGACUGUGUUCAUCGGGGUCGCCAACUGAGAGAAGGCCGUCGAGCGACGAGCGAGUCGCGCAUCAAAUGAAUUCGAUUUCAAGUGAGGAGGCUGCUUUGAUUUAAGUUUUAAGGGCAUAAAAUUUUAAUCGAGGCAAGCUGUAGCAGGUUAUAAAUUGAGUUCCUGCUUGCAAGCUGAAACAGACUAGAUCCACUGAGUUUCGAAAUUCAAACCUGCUUGAUGUAUCAUUUGGAACCUGAACGCUCAGAUCAAGCUAUUUAUCGAUGUUUUGAGAAUUUUAUUGACCCGUUGUCUGUGAAUAGCAAAGGUUCAGCCCCAAAUCAUCACAACAACUCGGUAUUCCAAAUCCGUAAAUCCCUGUCGUGACAUAGCAGAGGAAAUGAACCGGCUGUUUUCCCUUCUCUAUUAAGACAGCAGUGGCUUGAAACACGUAUGCAGUGUAUCCGCUCGAGAAAUAGAAAUAAUGUCUCCUUCGUACAGCUUUCUUUAAAACGUAAAAAGAUCGCAGCUACAAUUCACAAUUUGCUGUGAACCGUUAAAGAUUUAAGGGCCUGCUUUACGGUCGCCAGGUUAUUAAAAUUCAAUUUGUUUAGGAACGAAACGAAACUUUAGCAAAAGAAAACAGAAAUUUGGGUUGCAGCGAAGGACUUAAAUUUGGAAAACUGAACCGUGAUUGAAGGUGCUAUGAAUGAGGUCUAAUAUAUUAUAGGAAAUACAAAACAGACAAGAUCUAUUUCAUUUCAAUUUAAACUGUUUUGAAAUUGUUCUGCAAAUGGAAUAAAUUAAAUCCUUGAGUGCUCACAAAUUAAUGCGUUGUGUACUUAGCGAGAAUUAUGCACUGGGAUAGCUUUUAAUAUGUGAGGAUAAAGAGCAUCACCUUGACAUAUUUCUUAACUGGAGCCACGAAUCCAAAAGCCUUCUUAAUUAUUGACCGAGCCCAGACGGUAGGUCGAAGCCAUAACUGAGGUAGCCACGAUGAAAAGUGAGGCUGACCAUACCAGACACGUUUGACCACGUUUGGAUCUGGUUUGGUUUGUAAACUAAUAAUAGUAAUAAUCUUGGUUGUAUCAUCUGUAAGGACGCUAACGCUCGCCUGAAAAAAAAUGCAUGAUUCAUUAAGUGUUUAAAUUAUAUGUUUCUUCGGUUUUAUGUAUACAUGGCAAUCAUUUUUUUUAUUGAUGUACAAGCACGAUGACAUCUCGUAAUUAAAGAGAUUUUAGAACGACAUUAAAAAGUCGGCUCUUAAAACGGGCGCGGAUUCGCAGCGAUUCAAAUGUACAAAAGAAGACAAAGUAGUUGUCCUAAUCUGAGGCCCGUUUCUCGAAAAAGUUCUGCUAACUUGACGGGCCCGAAGCCGUAUUUUGAAAUAAAAAUUUUUAGGAAUGGAGAAGCAAGUUCUGGCAUCCUAACCAGUCCAUUGUGUUUCUAUAGCUGAUAUUUUUAAUGUAUCAUUUUCAAAACUUUGAAAACCCCAUCUUGGAUGGAAACAUGCAAUGGACAAAAUGUCUACGGGCCCAUUAAAUUACCGGGACCGAGAAACGGGCCUCCGGCUCGAAAGAAGGGCCCGGAAAAAGGAGUGUUAUUGUUUGAACGCCUUUGUUUGUUUUAUUUUGCUGCAAUUACUCGACACAAGUCCUUGUCAAAAAUAUCAGAAAGUCCAGCUUUAGAGGAAGACUUGUCCCAAAAUAGGUGGAAUGUUUGAAGAAAUUGCUAGCGUGGAUAACAUGACAAGGACGCCAUGAAGGACCAACCUUGUUUGCACGGAGCGGAGAGAAGAGAGAGACCCUCCCUCUCCCCCCGGGAGAGAGGUUGGGUAACUGAAUUUCAGUGGUACAAGUUUUUUUUCCAAAAGGCUCUCUGUCAUAGGCACCGUGCGUUUCAACGAAGUUUUUAUUGACCAACGGAAGUGUCACGAUGGAAAAGCUUGCUUAGUGGGCCUAGUCUGUGACUUACUGCAUAUAAAAAUGGACGUUUUGUUUCCACCAUUGCAGGCUCCAUUUGAAAUAGCCCGCAAUCCGGCCUUCAUUGUUAGUGCUGCAGGACGCACGUGUCUCCGUCCGCGGGAAGAUUUGAGACGGGUUGGUGAGAAGUCUGCCGUGGGUCUGGCACUGCCAAACCCCUUACAGACCUAUCGUCGGUUCGCGUUGCUCAAGACCUCAAACUAUUCCGCGGGUGAAGAAACACUCGCGUCGAACAGUUAACAAUGAAGGUGUGCUCGCAUGCUACAUUUGAGCCACACUGUUGUUGCUUCGCGUUCACGUACACCUGAGGUACUUUUAUGUCAAUUCGUCGAGGGUGUAAGCACAUACAGAUCUUGGCACACAGUUUUUUCUUUUUAUUAUUAAUGACAUAUUUAAACAAACAGACGAAUUUAAAGAUUUAUGUUGGUCUGCAUAACGCACAAAAAUCACAAACUGACAGCGCUAUCACCUUCCACCAAAUAUGUUUACUUAUGCAACUAACCUUGGUACUGUACGUAUUUGUUUUUGCUUCACAAUCUCCCUGACAUGACUAAAAUUAACUACAUUAUGCAUUAAGCUGCCUUAUCUAACAUUUAUAAGCGGUACAUACUAUAGCUUUCAUUACUUACCUUUACUUCAUCACCAACGCCAUAUCGAUUGCAAUAACAAUAUCGACUGUCUACCGGUAUGACUCAGAAAUACAGUCCAAUAUUCAUUAAAAAUACACUACGUGACUUUCUUAAUCCUUUAACUCCCAAAAUCUCAUUAGUAAUUCUCUUUACUGUCUGACAUACAAUUCUUAUGGUGUCAAUUUGGAGAAUUUAGUAUUGGGUCAACUAAUAAUCCCCUAAUUGAUAUAUUACUUUAUUCUCAUUACUUGAUAUUGUAUUGAUAUUGAAAGGAGAAAUUCUCUCUUGGUCAUUCGUGGGAGGUAACGGGUUAGGAGGAGUUAUAUUGUGAGUGUAGUCUCAAAAAUGGGGCGGUUGAAAAUUUCAGAUGAAUAUAUCGUCGUGUCUAGAUAACAACGAAAGAGAACCUAGUGAAGGAAGUUCUGAAUUAAUAGAUUGAAAAAAAACUGUGUUCCUUCCCGAGCCUUACUUCGUAAGUUUAUGAGUUACAGAUACCAGUUACGAAACAUUCUUACGCCUUGUCACUGCUCUUUAGCUUUAGGACAGCUGCCAUUUGUGGGUGAUUUAUGAACGAUGUCCCUGAGGCGAGCCCUGCCAAAAGAGAAAUACCUUUCUCUGCAGAGAGAGCUCCUAAGGAAAGGCGAAUUGUAUGAAGACAGAGAAUUCCCGCCAGUUUUUCGCAGUAUUUUCACUAAAACACGUCCAUCUGUAAAUCUUCAAUGGAAAAGACCAAAGGUAUGUCUUUGAAGCGAUUUGACCUCUUACAAACAAAAAAACCGUACAUCUUUACGAUGCAAUAGACGACAUGUCUAUUUGUGAGAAGGAUACAAAAUUUAUGGGAUACCAAAACCAGUUUUAAUUAUUCAAGUUCAUCGUAAAAUGACUUUUAUCUAUCAAACAAUUUUAUUGCAAUGAUCCACAAGCACACAAAGUCUGCCGCUUCUCAGCUCUAUAAUUACUUUACUCUCACAGAAAAAAGAGAAAGAGUAUCGUCAUGAAUGCAACACGCGCUCAGUUACAUAUAAAUAUCUAUAUCUUCAUAGCUUCUAAAUUUUAAAUAAACUGAGAAAGCGAGUUUUAUCAUUUUGUCUGAAUACAAUUUUUCCCCCUUUCGUAUUUUUCACUCUCUUUAGAACUUGUGUUCGGGCCUAUGUUCGGUUUUUCUUUUUUCUUUCCGUCUCCCCAUUUCUUGGAGCUGAUAGAUCACUCUAUCUCCUGAUCUCAGCAUUCAAUGUUUUUUUUUUUUAUCAUCAUAGGACAUCAGCAGGACAGAGCCCAAGUUCUUCACCAAAGGUAUCAGCAGAACUGACGUUGCCCAAGGGAGAAUGUUGAACUGUUGGUUUGUGGCAGCAGUGGCAUCGUUGACAGACUCAGAGGAAUUAUUCUAUGCCGUCUGCCCGCAGGAUCAGGGCUUUGAGCCCGGCACGUAUUGUGGAAUGUUUAGAUUCAACUUUUGGCGUUUUGGUGAAUGGGUUGAAGUCAUCAUUGAUGACUAUCUGCCGACGCACAAUAACAAGUUGUACUACGCUAGAUCCAGUGAUCCUGAUGAGUUUUGGAGCGCAUUGUUAGAAAAAGCUUAUGCCAAGUAAGUAACAGAUGAAAAGAGUGUAUCGCCCUUACAAGAUGCAUUUUAAAGGAAUGAGAUACAUUGUGCACUUUGUAUUUUCAGAGUGUGUGGAUCCUAUGAAGCCAUGGGAUUAGGCCGAAUAAGUGAAGCGCUGCAAGAUUUUACAGGAGGCGUAAUCGAGAUGAUAAACCUACAGGCACCACCACCAGACGUCUUCAAGGUUUUACAAAAAGCUCUUGAGCGCCAUUCACUGAUGGGUACUUCUAUAGAGGUAUGAACAAGACAACUUACUUCUUAAUUAGGAACUUUUCAGAGAACAGAAUAACGACGAAAGUUUUAGUAAGAUUAACAAUGACAUUGCACCAAUGUUUUUAAAUUUCGUUAUUUUCUUCUCCAUCUUCUGCAAACAGGUUCCACAACCUUUGAAGAACCUGGAUAGCUUUGAAAAUUCGGCAUUUAUUUCUAACUCGAAUUCUCAAUUGAACGCUGCAUUUAUUAAUCAGUAUUGAAAUAAAAGUUAACUUUCCUUUCUUAUCCCAAUGUUUGUCCAAAUCUUCAGACAAACGCUCAGUCUGGUCAGAGAACGUUACCAAAUGGACUCAUAACCGGUCAUGCGUACUCCAUCACAGGUUUGACUAAGGUAAAUAAUCUUGCAUAGUGAUAUCUCAAGACUUCAUUGGUAUGGCUUUAAGUGGAUUCUCAUUAUGGUCGCUUUACAUACGUUUUUCUUAUAUUACAGGUUAAUCUUCUUAAUUUGGGAAUACCAGAAGCGAAACUAAUCCGUCUCAGAAAUCCACACGGAAAUAGUUCAGAAUGGAAGGGAGCCUGGAGCGACAGGUAUUGGUCAUUUUCUAAGUUACUGAAGAGAUGAAAAUUCCGCAAGCCUUCGAAUUUACACGUUGUCUACGAUCACGAUCUAGUGGAAAAAAACACAAGAGUUACGUUACGGAUUAAGUCGUGUAAAAACACUUGGCUGACAAGAGUUUGCCGUGUGAAAGAUGCCCUAAACUCUCUGAGUCAAGUAGGGCUCCGUUGAGAACUCGAGAUAUUCAAUUUUUUGAUCGAAUGGUGAUAAAAGUAGGGAAUAUUUUUUCCCAAAAUAAAGGAGCAGCAAACUGGCUUCGGCUGAAGAGUCUGUUCAAUCUGAAGGCAAUAUAUUAUCACCCUAAGUUAGAUCUGGGAAGCCUUGCCAUUCAACAUCGGGGGCGUGUGGACUUCCCAAAACCAAAGUAAGAUCUACUGUCACAACGUUCAGUUUUCAGCUGUGUAUAUCAUUGUUGUAUUUCCCUUCGUAUCUAUCAGGUCUGAUGAGUGGAAUCUCUUGUCAAAUGAAGAACGAAAGCGACUAGACCUUGUGUUCGACGACGACGGAGAAUUUUGGUAAAUCCGUCAUUAAAUGUCUUUUGUUAUUUUUUUACUUGGUUGCUUAUUUGCAAAUUUGAUUAUUAAAUUAUUUACUUCUAGGAUGACAAUGGAGGAUUUUGUGGCGAACUUCACACGUGUGGAGAUCUGUAUGCUGACCCCUGACAGCGUUUUGGAAGACGAUAAAAAAAAAUCAUGGAAAAUACAACGAGAAAAAGGUCGUUGGCAAACUGAUGCGACCGCAGGUGGAUGUAGGAAUUUCAUAGACACGUUCCACAUAAAUCCUCAAAUAAGGUAUGGAAAUAUGUAAAAAAGGCCAGGCUGUUAAUUAUGCUUCUUUAGAAAUUUGGCAUGAAAUUAAAAAAACAGUAUUUGGAAUCUGCUUCAAUCUUGGUCAAUUUUUUCCAUCCUUAUUCCCUCUUGGUUUGUACUCGCCUCGUUAAAAAUUUUAUAUAUUAUUGGUUGACUAAAACAUCGGAACGUGGCUAUCGUGUGUAGUUCUUGUAAUGAUAAGUCAUGCGCCAGAAUACAACCAGUAAGUGUUGUACUCUUUUGACAGGAUUCAUUUAGAGGACCCGGAUGAGGAUGAUGACGAUGACCUCUGUUCGAUGGUAGCGUCGCUCAUGCGCAUUGAUCGAAAGAGAACCCCAGCCAAUGAGAGGCCUCCUAUUGGGUUUGCUAUUUACAAGGUGAGCAUGAAUUGAACGACCAACGCAACCCUUGUACCAACGGUGGUAAUUUGAUUUCUGUCUGAUAGCGGGCAUGAUUUGCACAGAACUUUAUAAGAAGCCGCUUAAAAAACAAAUGAGGUUUGAAAAUUUUCUUCGUGGCAUCGGGAAUCAAAUGAAGAAAGAAAAUUUACUUAAUGAUUACGGAGUAGAACUUGAGAAUGACUCAAUUCUGUCAUACGCCAGGUACCGGAAGAUAUGGCCGGCAGAAAGGAGCGCUUUGGCAGACGGUUUUUUGAGACGACCAAGGCUCAAGUGAUGACAAACUCCUUUACAAAACUGAGGGAGAUAAGCUGUCGAUAUUCCCUACCCAAAGGAGAGUACGUGCUGGUUCCAUCCACAUUUUACCCUCGUCAAGAAUCCGAAUUUCUUUUAAGAAUAUUUUCCGAGAAACCUCACGAUACAAGGUGGGUCAGUGGUGUCGGAGACAUUUUGGAGUCAAAUGAGAAAGAUUAUCAAUACUUGUUUCACCUCUUUCUUUCUUUGGUCAAACAAUUUUUUCGAAGCUCAUAUGAAUUUCUUACGCAUUUGGUGUGUCACUAUCUCUCCUUUCAGGGAAAUUGACGUGGAAACAAAAAUAACGCUGCUACCCAAGGUUUGUCGACGCAACGUUUUUUUUAAUCUGAUUUUUUAAAAAGGGUAGGACGUGAGGGCGAAAGGUGUACCCUCUCAGAGUCACACGUCUAAAUUUUGAAAAAGGUUGCGAGGUUGAUUUCGACAACAAAAUCAGACCAGCAGAUCAGGUCUUACGGAGAGCCCUCGUUGAUCUCAACUUAUCGUUUAAUUAAGAUUGAUUUAGAAUAAUUCCUUCCAUCUCAUUCUUCAUCUAGCCAACAGUGUCAACAGAGGAGGCCGGAGACAUUGAUAAACAAUUUUGGACCACGUUUCAAAAAUUUUCAGGAGAGGUCAGUAGUGAACAAAAAUGGUGGAGAAGAAUGUCUCAGUAAAUCCUAAGGGAAUGAAAUAUAACUUAAUAUGUCAGGCAAUUGUCCUCUGAUUUAGCAUAAAUAUUCGGGAGUGCAGUUUUCCUUGCUUUGAUUAAGUUCGACAAUAUGAUUUAUUUAGAAAUAUGGUUUUUUCGUCUUGUGACGAGCGUGGGACAAAGAAAAAUUCUGCGUCCCCAUGAGGAAUCGAACGAUGGACCUUCGGAUUUCGCAUUAGGAUGCUAUGAAGACCAUCUUUCUUGUUCUAUUUACAAUAGUAACGCUAGGAUCAAGACCACAAAAUUUGAUUGGACUGUAUAUAAUCGGGCAAAAGCUCUUGAGGUUUCCUCCCUCUUGUUCUUUAAGAUAUUGUACCAGAUCUUUAUAACCAAUCAUUUGUGCUUUCCGUUUACUAUUCAGGAUGGUGAAAUUGAUCAAUAUGAACUACAGGAGAUCUUGACCAAAGCAUUUGCUUCUUGUAAGUAAACAGCUUUUGACGCUGAAAUAUGCUUCUCUUCAUAAAAUAAGCGAGAUACGCUUGCGCUUUGAUUAGUUGAAAACCUACCGUUCAUUGUACUGGUAAACCUACUGCUAUGGUAUGGAUUUCUCUCGUAUUCUACCAAAAUCCAGUGCUGGUAAACAUCAUCUGAUAUACUGCUUAACCUGUGAAUAAAAAUCGGACGCGCGAAUUUUCCAUGAAAUAAUUCGGUUAUUUCUUUACCUAACAUAUUUAUUUUAAUGUGAAAUUUCAGUGAUGAACUCAAACACGUUUAGCUUGGAAGCUUGCAGGUAAAUUUCCCUUGAAACUGAUGAUCAAGUUUAAAUUGUGUUUCGAAUUGAGCCCUUGCAAAUUACAGUCCUCAUUAUGACUUAAGUGUCUUUUUUUCCUCUACAGGAGCAUGAUUGCAAUGUUUGAUGUAUCCUUCAAGUACUGGAAAAUAAAUAGAUAUACAUUUAAAUUUGAUGACAUACCUAAACUGUCAGAAUACACAUUCUGACAUUUUGAUGCGUUCCUCUAAAUAUCCAAACAACUAGACAUCCUCGAAUUCCAUUCCAAACUUCUGCAAGUAUUCCCCUUUCACGCAAACGCAAAAUCCAGAAAUCUUGAAAACAUUAAACUAAUUGAAGAAUAUGUCACUUUAAAUCAUCGUUCAUUUUGCUAUCCCUCUUCUUGACACUGUUGUGAAUAAAUCUGAAUCAUGCCCUUCUAACGCUCAUAUCAGCAGACGUUUUCUUUCGUUUACCCUUAACAUAUGUUUUAGGGAGACAAAACAGGAGCGUUAGGAUAUAAUGAGUUUAGAGGAUUGUGGACAAUUCUUGGACAGUGGAAGGUCGGUGAAAGAGUAUUUUCCAGCUGCCCAGAACGUUCUUGUCAAAUAAAAACCAGCGAGCAGGCUGGGCUGCGGCAACAUUCCUUUUUCGUCAAAAUCUUAUUCAUUCUUUUUAACCUUCUUACUAACAAUGUAGAACUAAAAAAUCCCAGCGUAAAAAAACUACCUUCAAUAAACUUCAAGCUCCCUCGAUUUUUUUGAGGAAAGAUUGGCUUGAGUGAAACGGUGGGAUAGAAAUGUUGUUGCGUGGGUAGGUGAAGAAAUUCUCAAGAAACGACCGCAGGACUGGCCAUCGUAUUUCUUCUCUAGAUAAUUCGAUGAUGUUACGCAAUAGGAAAGUGCAUCCGAAAGGGGAAGAAUAUUAUCAAAGAUUAACCAAUGCAUUGAAUCACGGUGUCCAGUUUUUUAUUUGCCUCAUGGUGCAAUCUUCAAAUUAACUUUAUCUGUCUGUGCUCGACACUAAUACCAAGAGUGCUGUUUCAUUUCAGGCCGUUUUCUUCCGUUUUGACAAAGACCAAAGUGGUGAUAUGAACCUGUUCGAGCUCCGCGACGCUCUCAAAUCAUUAGGUAGCUACGUACCUGUCGCUUCAUUUUCUCAAAUUGUACCACUUUUGAACAUUUUCCUUCUACUGCAAUUUAUUUCUGCCUCGUUAUUUCUUGCCUUGCAGGAUAUCAACUCAGUAAUUCUGCGCUGAGCGCAAUCAUCCUGAGGUAUCACAACAAGAAAGGCACGAUUCCAUUCGAUAUCUUCAUACAGAUUUUAGUCCGUGUCAUAGUCAUGUUCGGUUAGUAUCCUUGAAGAGAAUCACUUUGGUUUAUGCCCGAAACGACGGUAAAAAUUGUCAGUUUUUCAACAGAACGAGCUGAUAUUUGAUUACUCAGGUUUUUAAGGUGUAGGGGAAAAGCAAGCAUUCUCUCAGAUUUCCACGAUGACAUUAUCUGGCCUCUGGGUUGGGGUGGGGGGUACGGAGCAUGGUUUAAAACAGUGUUUGAAAUAAGCCUGGACUUAUAAUCAAAGUAGAACACAAUCUGUUAUACCGGAGCUCGUAGUGCUCGCCAAACGCGUAUGCAUGCAGCGGAGGCCCAUUCAUUCCCCAGCUGAAAAAUCUGAUUUCAAGGAACAUUAUUUCAUUUUUCUUUUGAAGUAACAUUUACUCUCUUAUUUUCUCAAGAUACUUUUAGAAGACACGCAAUGAGCCGAGGUCGACGAUCAGAGAAAGCCGUGUUCACCAUCGACGACGUAAGUUGCUAAAAAUCGUAAAAUCAUAGACGCCAUGAAGACCGCACCUGAACCAAGAUCUGGAGUAAAACCAGAACCCAUGACCAUAACCUCUUCAGUUCAAAUUCAACAUUUUAUUUGUGGACCUGUCGCUAUUUUGUGAGUGCCGUAAUUUCUGUUUGAGGGAAGGGAGAGUGACAUCCGUCCAUUUCAACCCUCUGUAUGUGUGAGGAGAUAGUGUGUAGCUCAGUAUAGCCUUGACUUGGUCUUUAUCAAAACUUGAGGUGAUUUAAUGCCUUCACUCAGACUCCUGGAUUUAUGUUGAGAUUUUUUAAAGUUGAACGAAUGAGUUGAAUCUCUUGACACGAUUAUUUGCAGUUCAUCGAAUCGACGUUGACCGUUUGAUCAAAAGUGAUGGAAAGGGUGAAUCAGUGGUAGUGCGGAGAAAAACUGUGACUGAUGAGUGGCAAAGGCAACCUGGCGCGAGUUAAAAGACGAAGCAUAAUUUUGAUCUCAUGCCGGCAACAGGAAGAAGCGGAUGCUGACCAAAACAUUGGUCUCUAAACCGAUAUUAUGUUGCUUAUGUAAGCUGAAACGUUUGUAUAAGUGCAAAUAUUGCUUAUUUUUCUAGACAUUUUUAGCGAAUCAGAAAUUUGCUUAAAAGCGAAAUGGAAAUUUUUGAUGUUCCAAAAAGAGGAAGAAGUCUUCGUUAGUAUUAUUCCAAAAUAACCCUACUCUAUUUCUUUAAAUUUGAACCUUGUUAUGAAAUGUUUCAGUCCAGUUUAUAUAUACCUGGAUUAGGAAAAAAUUACUAGUAUUCAAUGUAAGCUUUUUAUUCUAUAUACGAUAUUGUGUCGAUGUGUUAAGAAAUAAUAUUUGAUUAAUAAAUUGUUUGAGAGC